AUGCCACAGCGGAUUGCGCUGGAGCUGCAGGCGCUUGUCGCCGAGACGCGACGCAAGUAUCCGGAUGUUAGACAGAGCGCCGACCACUUGCUGGCACAAUGGCAGGCUGAUGCAGAUCGUACUGUGUCGGAGCUGCAGUCUUGCAAGGAUCCAUCGUCCCAUGCCCUCUUGCAGAUGAUUGUGUUGGCUUGUGAGACACGCUCCCCGAAGGUAAUUCAGCUGGCUCUGUCGCUCCUGCAAAGCAGUAUACCACUCCGUAUUUUACCGGACACGUCGCUUGCUACAGUGAUCGAUACGCUACAUACGCUUCUCUCUGCACCCGGACGAACAGACGUCGAUGUACAGCUCAAGAUCCUCCAAAUUGUCUCAUCCCUCCUCGUAACGUAUGCCAAUGUGACAUCAGAGCUGCUGUCGCGUGCUCUCAUGCUCUGUUUCACGCUAUACGAGCACUCGCGCGUCGUUGUCGUAAGUUCCACCGCCGCUGCGAUGCUCCGGCAGAACGUCAUGGUGGUGUUUGAAAAGGUACAAAGCGAGGACCAAUCCUUCGACGCCAUUCAGAACGAAGACGCAGCUGUGAAUGCACCUCUGCCCGUGGGUACAGCCGAACUGCCCAGUGGUCCUGUGACACUCUUUCCGUGUGCCGCCGAUGUGUAUCAUUUGCUAAACGACUUGUGUGCGUUGGCCGAUGGACAGCCAGCCCAAUUUUUGCCACUCGACACCCUGUCCAAGCCUUUCGUGCUGGAGCUUUUGGAGAGUGUGCUGACGACUCAAUCCUCCCUCUUCCAGCGGCACCCGGAACUCGUGUACAUAUUGCGGAGUGCCGCCUGUCCCUUUUUACUCAAGGCACUCAGCAAGCCACCGGCCUCGUUUUCUGUAUACAUUCGCGUUAUGCGACUGGUAGCACUAUUACUUUGUGAGUAUCACAAGGAAAUUGUGCUCGAAGUCGAAAUGCUCCUGCGAGCCCUCUUGGACACACUCGACGAAAAGCAUGCGCUUUGGCAACGGGUCUUGGCCUGGGAAACCAUGCGCUCGCUAAGCGCAGACAGCGCUUUUCUGACCUUUUUGUGGGAUCAAUUUGAUGGACAGGCAGAGCCUAUCUGCGUAUUAGGAAGGCUCGUCGAGUGUGUGCAGCAGUUUUCCCGAAGGCUACGUUCGACACUCGUCGUGGACGACGCAUUAGCUGCGGCGCUUGAACAGCGCCCAGACGUGCCACACACACCGACGAUGCACUCCACACAUACGAUGUAUGAUGUCGCUAUGGCAGGCAUGCGUAGUGCCGCGGAAGGACUGCUCAGCUCGAAAGCCGAGAUGCUUGUGGAGACAAGUGAGCCGCAUGUGCCGCUCCUGGAUCAGCUCGAUAAGACGGAUGCGCCCGUGCCUGGAUCGAGUGCUUUGCCGACCACCUAUCUUCCGUGUCUUGUUUUGCAAUCGCUUGUGCGUUUGUCGCAUAACCUUGCCGAGGCGCAACAGGCUGCGAUAUUUGCCGCUUAUACCCGACCCAUCAAUGAAGGACUCACUGUGUUUUUGACAGUGCAGGGGGCCGAUCUGUUCUUUGAGCAGACGCUCGAUGCGCUCGUGCACAUGGCCUGUGCCGCAGGCGUGGCGCAGUGUGCCACAGAACGCGAUUUGAUCCUUGCUACGCUGUGUGACCUGGCCGUGCCAAGUGCUGCGUACAGUGGCCAGGCGUUGGGUACUCGAAAUCUCGGGGCGCAGGCUGCUCUGGCGUACGUUUGUGCGUCUCUGGGCCAGCAUCUCGGGUCACGAUGGCGAGCUCUUCUCCAAUGUGUGUGCCAAGCACUUGUAUGCCUUCGUAAGGGCGACGAUGAAACGGUGCAUACGCCGGCAGAGACGCUGCGAUGGCCCGAUGACAAGCCCAGUUGGCUGGCGCCUUCGACGAUCGAGUCUCUCGGGCGGCUGCUGCGCGGCGUCUUUGUAUCAGCUGCCAACCUCGACCAUGAGGGGAUGGAUACAUUUGCGGGUAUUUUCACACAAUUGAUUGCGGAUCGGUCGCGCGGGACACAUGAUGCGACGUCGCACAUGAUGCUGAUCGAAUGGGAGCGAUUUGUGCGCGCUGCGGCGCCGCGUAUCGUCGAACGCAUGCCCGAGGGACCUUGGUCAUCCAUGCACGUGCUGAUGCGCUUGCUGUGGGACGAGCGCAUGACGCCUGUGCGUCGCAUUGAUAUAGCACAGGUGUGCGACGCCUGUAUCUAUACCUUGUGGUGCACGCCGCUUAUGGACAAUGGCGAGCAGCCACAGGAGAUGCUCAGGGCUUUGGCGCGCCAAGGUAUACUGGAACGACGCACAGGGUCUACGGAUGUAUCGGUACGGAACGCUGCGCUCAGCACGCUGCAUCGCAUCCUUGAGUCGCAAGUACAUAUGCUGAGACGCACGAGCUAUGGGUGGGAGCACGUCUUUGCGAUGUGUGAGGCAGCCGCGAAGGACGCCAGUGCUAUCCGCGCCUCUGGCGCUGCGCCUAUGCCUCUACUGCGCACUGCUUUUGCAUGCAUGCAGUCCGUGUGUGCUUCGUACUUACCCAUGCUCAACGACGCAGAGUUGGUGCUGUGCAUCAAUGCGCUGCCGAGCUUUAGCAUGCAGACGGAGGACGUGGCGAUGGCCCUCCAAGCGAAUGGCACGCUGUGGGACUUGACAGAGAGCAUUGAGCGCCGUGAUCGUGAGCAGGCAGUCGAGCUGUGGCUGGUGUUACUACAGCGCCUGCGCGACGUGGCACAGGUGCCACAGGCGAAUAUGGCCGAAUGUGCGCUAGCCAACUUAUUUCAGGUGCUGCUGCAGUACCACUUGUCUUUUCGUGCAGAGGACUGGAUACGCGUGCUCUCCGAUGUACUGCUUCCUCUCGUUGAGGGCGAACACGCACCGGCACGCGCUUUUCAUGGCACUGCCCGCGUCGUGGCAAUGGUGCCAGCGUUGCGAACGGAUCCUGCGUGGCCUGCCAUGUGGGCGCGCUGGCUCCACGCCAUGGAAGAGACUGUGGCGCGUGAGCCUUCGGAUGACGUGAUGCGUGUCAUGCUGGAGGCCCUGCACAGCGUACUGCAUCUGCAAGACGAUACACAGGCAUGGUGGCACGAGGCAUGGCCGACAGUGCUGCGCCUGUGUGAUACCCAAGCUCGCAUGUCCAUGCCGGAUCUGGGUCUCCUGGCUGAUAUGCUGUACAUGCUGUUUGUAAAGCGGUCCCGUGUGGAUGAGUCUGCCUCUAUGCUUCAUGCGCUUCAUAGCUGCAUGCGCCGCGGACUCAGCGUGGCCGAUGCGCUCUCUCUGUCCCAUCUUCGAGAGCUCGUGAGACAUGUGCAGGCUUCCUUUGACUUUCUGGCCACGCAGACCACGGUGCGGCCGAAAGUACUCGAUGAACUCGUGCGGUGUACCGAUAUGGCCUACGCCGCAUCUUUACAUGCCAAACAUGUGCGCAUGCAAGCACUAUACACAGAGCUCACAGGCGAGUGGAUGGCUCAAUGGUUGCGUAUUCUCGAGCAAGAGGCAGGCACCCCAGACGCAUGCCUGGCCUCUAUGCUUCGCGUGCUUGUGAGGCCGCUCAAGGCGUGCCCGGAGCCCGGUGUGCCGAGCGCAUGGUGUGUCGUGUGCAGAGCUUUGGUGCGGAUCGCAGAAUAUGGAACCGAGGUCGAGACAGAAGAGUAUUGGCAUACCUUAUUUGAUGCCAUGGCCACGGCCAUGUGUGCAGAUGCGCAUAGUAUGCCCACGGACGAAGAGGAUGCAUGUGCGCUCCAUCUCUUGGCGUGCUUGGAACAUGUCUUACCCAAGGCAGGAGCUCAGCAAGCGGCGCAGCCGGCCUUGACGCAGUUCCUGCCUCGUGCACUAGAAGCGACGCACUUGUACGCGGCAUGGGGCACGCUGACGCAGCCGUGCCAGCCAACGCCCCGCGAGCGUAUGGUCUACGAGACGUGGCACGUACUUUUUCGCCAAUGCUCCUCGACAUCGACGCCUGGUGGCAAGGCUAUCGCUGUGCGUCUCUUGCCCAUGAUCGUGGCGCGAUGUCAGUGUAUCUUGCAAGCAUUCAUGGACGAUGCCCGGAUCCGCGGCAGCAUACCUCUCCCGCGUGUGCGUGUAGAAGAAGCCAAUUUCCUUUUGCGAGCUCUUCUGACACUUCGUGCGCCUACACACGUGUACCAAGGUCAUGCGUACGCUGCAGAUGCUCAUCUCUUCGUGUUAAGUCAUGUCCUGGACGAUAUUGCGACCGCACGCGCUGAUGCUUGUCUGCAGAUCGCUCAUGUCGGCACGUCGCUGCCGCCGAUACCACCUGCCAUCCCAGCGAACAGCCCAGACACCUGCCCCCAGGCCUUGGCCGCCGCCGGAGUGGCACGCCGCACGGCUUUACUCACGUGA